AACAGUAGCUCUGAAAACGGGUUUCUAUUUGGGGCACUCGGACCACAAUAAAGCCAAACUAACUUGUGCGAGCCUUCUCUGUCGAGAGCAGCAGCAAAAACAACUGCAAGGCAAGAGAGGAAGCAUGAAGUUUGCGGUGAAGGCAUGGAGCAACGGCGGCAAGGCUAGGACAGGAGUGCUUCAUCUGGGCAGCUGCCCUUCGCCUUUAGAAACUCCUGUUCUCCUCCUUUCUACGCGUAAAGGGUUGCCCCAUUUUAUCUCCCCUGACCUCCUUCCUUCUCUUCCUUAUCCUGGCUCUGCUUUCCUCCAAGUUAGUCCCCUUCACUUCUUGGAGGGCCCUUCAAUGAAAACAAUGUCAAACAUUGGAGGACUCCAUAAAAUGGUUGGAUUACAUGAUUAUGCAUUUGCUGCUGUGGCAAGGGAUUCCAUUCAAUGUCUUCCAGAAAGUGACAGCACAAAUAAAAUUGGAGCAUCUUUUGAGACUCCUUGUGGUCGUCGUUUGAUUAAACCUGCGGAGUACCUGCAAAUAAUUUCUUCCAUGAGGCCAAACAUAUGGGCCACCUUGGCUGAUGAAGUACCUGCAUGGGUGUCCAAUAAGAGGAACAAGAUUUCAGUGGAUCGAACUGUAAAAUGGCUUGACGAAUGCAUUGCGCUUAGCCCGCAAGGAGGGCUUGUUUUUGGAGCUAUUGUUGGAGGUUCUAAUGUAGAUGAACGGAAAAGAUGUGCUCAAGAAAUAGCCAAGAGAAAUGUUUCAGGUUUUUGGAUUGGAGGAUUUGGGCUUGGAGAGAGCAUGCUUGAGCGCCCUGCUUUACUUGAUGCUGUAAUGGAUAGUUUACCAGAGGAAAAGCCACGCCUUGUCUGUGGGCUUGGACUACCAGAGGAGGUGUUGCAGGGAGUUGCUGCUGGCAUUGAUCUUUUUGACUCAUCGUAUAUUUAUAAUCUUACACUUGGAGGCUUUGCACUUACCUUUCCUCUGGAUAGGAUUGAAACAAAUGCAUCUGGUUUUAAGUCCACUGAUAUGGGAAUUGACCAAACAAAGAUUAAUCUGAAAGCAACAGUUUACAGGAAAGACACAUCACCAAUUGUUGCAAGCUGUACCUGCUAUACUUGCCAGAAUCAUACUAAAGCUUACAUCAAUCACCUACUCAAUGUCCACGAGAUGUUGGCUCAGAUUCUAUUAGAAAUACAUAAUACUCACCAUUACCUCGGGUUCUUCCAGUCAAUAAGAGAAGCAAUCAAGGAUGGCAGAUUUGAGCAAUUCCGACAGAUGUUUAUUCAGACAAGGCGUGAUAAUCUUGCUGCAGUUGCUGUAUGUGCAUGAUGUGCCCUUUUUAUCCAUUCCACAGUAACUUCCUCUCCUUUUCCUUUUUACUUGCUACAUUUUUUCCCCUCAGCCUCUCUUAUAAUUAGAAAAAGAACAUAUACCAUAACAAUGAAAAGAAAUUGUCGGAAAGUGUGUUGAUUCAAUUACAUUGAUAUCUGAACACAUUGGAUGAU